UUAAAGCAUAAUCUAGGUAGAGCGUAUGUAUAAUGUUCGUUAUCGAGAUCAUUCUAAUAUAAUGUUCCAGAAUAUAUUUGCGGGCAUGAUGCAACUCGAAGCUUGCAAUUGUAUGUAGGUCUAAACGUGUCAUAACUACAAUUUAAGAAGUUUGUUCUGGCAAUGCUAACAAAGCCGCUUUUGACAAUUGCCUUUUUAUUUGUUGCAUAGAAAGUUUCUUGAACACAGGAUAGAUUGGUGUUAUUGUUUACAAUAGCACAAUCUAAUAAAUAUUUAAUAAAAACAUCAUUUAUUUUAAGUAAAUUCAAACAGGCGACUAAGGUUUUGCAACAUGGAAAUUGAGUAUGAAGAUGCUGGCUGGCAAGGACGUCAGAAGCCAACAGGGGAAGAUGAGGAUAUGCCCGAAGAUAAUCCGCAAGAGACUAUUCAAGAAUGUUUGGAAAAAUUUUUAACGCCCGAUUAUAUUAUGGAGCCCGGAAUUUUCACUCAACUUAAGCGCUACUUUCAAUCGGGUGGUUCUCCUGAAGAAGUGAUAACCAUGCUCUCGGAGAACUACAAAGCGGUAGCGCAAAUGGCAAAUUUGCUUGCAGAAUGGCUCAUACUUGCCGGUGUUAAAGUCACUGAUGUACAGGCAAUGGUGGAAAAUCAUUUAAAGGACAUGAUACUGAAGACAUUCGAUCCAAAAAAAGCUGAUACAAUAUUCACAGAAGAAGGUGAAACACCUGAUUGGUUGACUGAAAUGAUUGACCAUCAUACAUGGCGAUCGCUAAUAUACAGACUGGCCGAAGAGUAUCCCGAUUGCUUGAUGUUAAACUUCACUAUUAAACUUAUAUCAGACGCAGGAUUUCAAAGUGAAAUCACAUCUAUUUCUACUGCAGCACAACAGAUAGAGGUAUUUUCUCGCGUGUUAAAGACUUCCAUAACAAAAUUCCUCAACAAUCCAGAAGACAUUCAAGGUGCUAUACAAGAAUGUGCGCGCAUGGUUUGCCAUGGGCAGCAUACCUAUGUUUACUCGCAAGUACUAAUUCAAGUACUAAGUCAAGAGCCAAAAGGUGGUUUUAACAUGAAGCGCCUUUCACAAGAAAUCACUAAAUAUGCACUGCAAAAUAAUCAAAACGUGACUCCAAUUACUAUGGCUUUAAAUGGCUCUGCAGCUUACCCACAAGCAUGCCAAGCGCUAUCAUCUAUGCUUUCACGAAAUACUCUCAAUCCAGCAGAUAUUACGGUAUUAUUUCGCAAUUAUUCUGCAGCAGAUCCACCACCAAUCGACUUAAUACGCAAUCCUCAAUUCCUUGAGCUGUUAGUAGACUCAUUGUUUAAAGCAGGAGUCAAAAUAAAUCCGGAACAUAAAUCCAAGUAUAUACAUCUACUGGCAUAUGCUGCUUCGGUAGUAGAUACGCCAGCCAAAAAACGACCAAUGACCGAACGUGUGCUUAAUAAAGAUGAACUGAAAAGUACAAUACAAGCAAUCGAGAAAGUGCACGCAAUUUGCAAUGUUAACAAGGGAUCCACUGAACUAAUUGCUGAAUUACAGACGCUUUAUAACUGCAUAAAAUACCCAGUUGUUGGUGUCGGUGUUAUUCGCUGGAUUGAAAAUACUGUUACUGAGCCGUCAUAUUUUAAAUUAUCUACAGAUAGCUGCCCUACUCACUUGGCGAUACUUGAUGAAGUAGCUGCCGUACAUCCCACACUGCAUCAACAGAUUUUGCGGCUGCUAAUACGCCUAUUUGAAUCGAAACAAGACGAACUCGAAAUUUUAGUCCAAUUGGAAAUGAAGAAAAUGUUGCUGGAUCGAAUGGUUAAUUUAUUGACGCGCGGUUGUGUAGUUCCAGUCGUGAAAUACAUAAAACAGUGUUGUGCCAAAGGUGAUACAGAUAUAUCACUGAUACGCUACUUUGUUACUGAAGUUUUGGAGACGAUAACACCACCAUAUUCUCCAGAAUUCGUUCAAUUGUUUCUACCAAUGGUAGAGAAUGAGGAGAUUACAGGAACUAUGCGUGGUGAAGGCGACAACGAUCCUGUUUCUGAGUUUAUUGUACAUUGCAAAGCCCGUUACACCACUGUGUAGUGAUUUCAACAAAUAUAAACUUACAUACAUACUUUCCUGUUUUGUGCUGUCUGUACCCGUUAAAUUCGACAGAUAUUCCUUAUGCACUUAAGAGUACUUUAACCGGUUAUAGUUCAGCGGCAGGAUGCAAUCGACAAAACAGAAUGUUCGCUUAUAAUAUAUUCGUGUUGGUUGGCGGUUUUUUAUACUUGUGAAUUUUCAGUUUCUGAUUUAUAUGUGUAUAUAUAAGUAUGUAUUAUUGUAUGCGUAAAUUAAUGAAUAAUAUUAUUUUGAUGCCCAAAA